AUGCCCUGGCUGAUGAAGUUGCUGCCUGGACCUCACCAGAGGACAUUUAGCUUGAUAAAGAAGAUAACUGAAUUUGUAGAAAUUAAGAUAAAAGAACACAGAGAAACCUUUGACCCUUCAUCACCAAGAGACUACAUUGACUCCUUUCUCAUAGAAAUGGGAGACAAGGAAGACAAAGAUUCUGGUUUUUACCUCGAAAAUUUGAGUGCUUGCACCUUGGACCUGUUUGGAGCUGGAACUGAAACUACGACUACUACUUUACACUGGGGGCUUCUGUACAUGAUCCAUUACCCUGACAUACAAGGUAAAGUCCAGGCUGAGAUAGAUGCUGUGGUUGGUUCAUCCAGACAGCCAUCUACAACUGACAGAGAAAACAUGCCAUUUACUGAUGCAGUUAUCCACGAGAUCCAGAGAAUGGCAAAUAUUGUCCCUCUUAAUGUGGUCCACAUGGCAAACAGGAACACAACUCUGGAUAAGUACUCCAUUCCAAAGGGUACCAUGAUCAUGCCUACAUUGCACUCUGUUCUUCAUGAUGAGUCUAUCUGGGAAACUCCACAUUUGUUCAAUCCUCAACAUUUUCUGGACCAGGAUGGCAAAUUUAGGAAGAGAGAUGCCUUCAUUCCCUUUUCUGCAGGUAAGUGUGUGUGUCUUGGGGAGCAGCUGGCCAGGAUGGAGUUAUUCCUGUUUUUUACCGCCCUCCUGCAGAGGUUUUCACUGUCUGCACCUGCUGGAGAGAAGCCCAGCCUGGAGUUCAAGCUGGGAGCCACACGCUGUCCUAAAUCUUAUCGUCUGUGUGCUGCACCACGUUAA